AAGACUCUGCAAUCACUCCAGCUUUCUAAUAGUCACUUUAGUCCUUUCACUUCUCACACACACACAUCCUCACCACAGAAACAUCGGGUAGAAGGAAUGGAUCGAGGAGUCAGAGCAUAAAUAACAAAGCAAGGAGAGGGGGCAGCGGAGGAGGAGGAGGAGGAAUCGGGGUGUGGUGUGGAGGGGCUUUGAGUAAAGAGUGGGAAAAAGAGCCCAAAAACGAACAGUCAGAGGAACAUGGAAAAUCCCUGGUUCCCAUGCCAAGAAUCCGGCACAGCGAAAACACACACACACACACACACACACACACACACACACACACACACACACACACACUCACGCAGUGUAUCCGAGAGCCUGCUGGGAGCUCAGAGGCAGAGGAGAAGGUAGUGAUAAAAAUAAUCAGCUUUGGAAAAGGCAGAUUCAGGAGAACUCUCUGGGCCUUUGCUGUCUUUCCACCACUUGAAACAUCUUUUUCGGUUAGAAACACUUACGUAAAAUUAUUCUAGUCAUAUUUGGAGCAUGAAUAAAAAUGACAAAAAAAAGCCAGCUGGGGAGGCAAAAAAAAAAAUCACAUAUUUUGCACAUUAUUUUGUCUUCUUGGGAACUCUCCUCUAACCACCUCUAUUUUGGUUUCCCCUCUAUUUUUAUGCGUACAUGUUUACUGUAUACUAUAAAUAAAGAUGUAUAAAAAAAUUGAAAUAAACUGGAUUUAAAGGGCCGGUAGAUAAUCAUGAAUAAUUCAACAAAUACGUAUAUGCUAGCCAAUUAUAUCGCGGCUAUGAUAAUCACCAGUUGCCGGCAGCCACAUUACCGCUCAGUGUGCAUGUCAACAGUUUCCCUUCUCCCUGCCUGACGCUUGUGAGCGGCACACAGCUGCUAUCUAUAGUGCAGCUCUAUUUUCAGACCAUGCAGACAGGACGCAAUGGAAGCCUCACAAACCUUUAUUUACCGUCCAGUUGUGGGGAAAAAAUGGCUAAGCUACACUCGAGUCACCCCGGCUGGCUGCAUUGUCACUUGAGAGCCUGUUUUAGGACGAAAACAGACCCGGGGUUUAAGAGAUCAUGGAAGUUGCUGGAGGCCCGGGAGGUCUGGCAGAGAAUGCGACCCCUCCUGAUCCGGAGGACGGAGAGUGCCAGGCGGGCUUGGUGGUGAGAGUGAGGGUGGAGGAGAGCUGUUUCACCGUGGAUCGGGCCUUGCUGGCGAGGUGCAGCAACUACUUCUGCGCCCUCUUUCACUCUGGGAUGACAGAAAGCCACCAGAAUGAGCUCUACCUGAAGGGAUGUGUGCGUGCGAGGGGUUUCCUCAUCGCCCUCGCCGUCUGCAGGGGAGAAACCCCCGCUAUGAGUGACCCGGAUGAGCUCGUAGAAGCCGUAGAGUGUGCUGCGUUCCUGCAGGUUGCAUGUCUGGUGCAGCAUCUCUGUGACAUUAUUGACUCGGACAACUGCCUCUUGCUUUAUCACGCGGCCUCCAUCUUCGGGGUGGAUUCGCUCUUUCACAACGCCGCUCUUUUCCUUUGCGAUGCUUUCGAUGAUUUGAAGGAAGCGGCAGAGAGUCUGAUUCCUGAAGACCUUCUUCGAUAUUCUCAAUCGUUGUGUCCUGCUGCUUAUAUUGCGAUAGGCACACACUCGCCUUCGAUGGAGCUGCUACACGACUCCUUCAGGGUUGUUUGCUACCUCGAUGAAAAAGAGGGAGACUGGAAGCAUCUGACAAACCUGCCGACUCUCUGCAGCACCUCCAUGGCCGGAGUGGCGGUGCUUGACAACCAGUUGUACAUCGUAGGGGGAUCUUACGGUUACGGGAAGGACACAGUGGACAGCAGCUUCUGCUACAACCCCGACUCAGGCGUUUGGACCACUCUUCCAGGUCCCCAGCAACUAAGAUACGACUUCACCCUGCUGGGCCACGAGGGACGACUCUACGCCAUCGGUGGCGAAUUCCAAAAACGCACGAUUUCCACGGCAGAGAGUUACGACGUCGAGAAAGGAGAGUGGACGUUUAUACGACACGCACCGAGACCUGUGGCGUCCGCGGCUUGCGCUGUUGCGAGGCGGCGGAUAUUUGUUUGCUUCUGGAAACCACCAGACACGACAGAUAUCUACGAAUACAUACCAGCGAAAGACGAGUGGAAACUCGCGACCACCAUGAUCAAACCUCAGAGCUACGGCCACUGCAUGGUAGCCCACAGAGACAAUUUAUACGUGAUGCGCAACGGGCCUCACGCCGACUUCCUGCGCUGUUUAAUGGACUGCUACAACAUCACGACAGGCCAGUGGACGGCCCUGCCGGGACUCUACGUUAACAGCAAGGGGGCGCUUUUCUCCGCGAUGAUAAGGGGGGACUCGGUGUUCACGGUGAAGCACAUGCUGACUCUCGAAUACGCCAUCGCUGGAGGUGGGUGGAAGCCGCGCAGGCAGAUGAAGGGGUUUCCAAAGAGCGGCUCGCUGUGGACGUGUUUACUCAGGCUUCCCAAGACGGGACCAGUCAUACCACAGCUGGAUGCAGAAGGGGAAGAAGAAGAAAUGUCUUUGCCAGACACAUCUGAGGGAUUUGUGGAACCGCAACUGUGAAAUUACCGCUGCAAAACAAUGUUUUGUUUUUUAGGGUUUCUAAGCUAGAGUCUAAAGAUAUAUAAAAAAAAAAAACACUGAUACUAAACGAUUCUGAUCGCAUAGUGACGCAAAUGUUCUUCGUUUCAAUGCAUUUCACUUUCACAUGCGCUCACACACAUGCUGACACUAUGCAUUUGUUCUGAUUAGCAACAGCUGCUACUGUAGUUUAUAUUAGGGGAGGCCACUGUGCAUGUGUGUGUGUGUGUAAAGUUCAAAGAGACUGACGGGAUGUCCUAAACCUCUCAUUCUCUAUGUUUUUCCUGAAGUCACACUGGGCCAAUUCAGGAGCCACCGGCCUCCCGGUCGACAUAAAACACACCACAGCUCUCUCACACACUCUCGGACACUCACUUCCUCACAGGUUCGCUGCCCCGUGACUGAUUAAAUACCUGUUUCUGUGGGAGAAUCCAUUUCACGUAGCCUCAAGCUUGUGACUCUGAGGGUUGUGGGAAAUGUUUCUGGCUUGUUUGACCACAGACUGUAUUUCUUUUAGUGCAUUAAAAUUCCCUGGCAACAUGUGA